UUUUAUUUUCCUCGCUAGUGAUAUUAGUUUUUGUAGGUUGGUGGUGCACCAAUAAAUGUCAAGCCACGAAAAAUUGUCUUGGAAAAAAUGUUCUAAUUUGAUUAAAAUUGAAUCUCCUUGUGGGUUCUGAGCUUCCUAAUCAGUAGACAAGUGAUUUAGUUAAGAAGUGUUUAGUGAAUUGUGAUAUGGAACCCAUCGCUCCGGGCACUGAAGAUGAGCCUCUUGUUAAUUUUUCAGCAUCGACGAAACAGGAGAAGGAACGCGAGCGUUUGCUGAACGUGAAAACUGUUCUACCGAACGGAAAAUAUGGGAACGUUUUCGACUUUAAAUACAUCAACGGGACGGAACAUUGGUACUGCAAUGCUUGCGCCUGUCCAGUCAUGGGAUGGGUUUUCCACCAUGAGACUGGAAAGCGCCACUCCUUGGCCCUCGGGAAGCAAAACCAAGACCAAGACAGGCUCACGUCAUCGCAGGACGUGGAGGAAACACCCACCAUCCAGAUAGCGCCCGGAGAGCCAGUCCCUCCAGGAUUUGAGGGAGAAAUUGAACGAGUCGCUCUUAUUCAAGAACGGUUGGAUGUCUUUAAUGUUGGUCCCUUAGUUGCUCUGGAAUACCUCCUAGAAUUGCGCGAUUACGACUCAAACAAGGAACCGACUUAUUUGUGCAUUUUGUGCGACAAAAAAGGCGACCCGAGGACCGUUUUGACGCACCUUGCGAGUUACAAACACAUACUGCAGUAUUUGCAAAAACACUUUCCGACUUGUUACCGGGCCCUGGCCCCUUAUAUGACCAAACAGUAUAAAAGAAACUGGCAAAUAGCCCUACACGAGAUCGCCGAAGCAAUUGAGAAAAAGUUUGGCCGUUUGAAACCGUUACCAGUGGAAGCAGACAAGUAUGAGAAAGACCCCGUCCAUUAUUUAGAACUGAUAGCCAAAGGUCGGCACUUUUCCGAAUUGUCAGGUCAUACGUUCGAGGAAUUGGUCAAUAAAGACGAACUGACGCGAGUCCAUGAUGACGAGACCGAUAAAUUUUCUUAUAAUAAGGCAAAUUUGCCACAGUCAAGUCAGAAAAAGAAAAGUCCGUCACCUCCUGUUGUCGCAAAUCCGAUCAAGAAAAUUCGAGUUGCUAAUCCACCACCGGCUGCUGCCGGAAGUCGCCGAAGGUCACUGUCGAGUGUUUCGAGCGUUUCUUCAAGCGAUCUUAGCGACUAUGAUGACCCCAAAAAACGGUCGUAUAGUCGCAGGUCGAGGACAAGGUCGCCCCCGUACCGAAACCGCAGCCGAAGUCCCUACAGCCGAAGAUAUGAUAGGCGAUCGCCCCCGAGGAAGGAAGCUUAUUACAGACGAGACGACCGAAGUGAGCGCCUUAUGCCGUGGGAAAAGACGAAUUAUCGCCGCUCCAAGCCCGAAAACCCACCGGUUAAAAACAAAACCGAUAAAAUGGACGAGUACAAGAAAUUAUGCAAGGCCAUAGACAACGACAUGGAGCGGGUUUUGAAAAACCAUAAAAAGAACCCCGAAAAACACCCCCAAUACAAUGAUGAGUGGAAAAAAUUCUGGAAUAAGAGGUACAAGGAGCUCCAAGCUGAAGGCAAGGACGUCUCCACUCAUGAUUUCAAACCGGAAUGGAUCGAGUUCUGGAACAAACGCAUGAUCGAGCUGCACCACGAAGAAGUCAAAGUGAAGAAAGAAGCUUUGCGGAAACGUCUAGGCCUUCCUGAAGAGCCCUCUCCCAUUAGUUUUAAAAUCGUCGGAAAAAAGAAAUUCGAACCGAAUAAAAACAGUCCAAUGAGUAGUAAACCAGUGCCACCUUCAGCUUUGCCCGAUAGUGAUCCCGAGGUUAUUAUAAUCGAUAAAGAUGAUGAGAGUAAGAGUUCGCGACGGUCGCAUAGUCCAUGGGAGGAUGAACCAGUGAGGAGUAGUUCCCGGGUUUCGCGUGACAAAAGUCGGGACGGCUCCAGGGACAGGAGUCGGGAACGCUCAAUACGACGGGAUAAAUACAGUCGAAGUCCCAGAGACCGGUCACGGGAGAGAAGUUGGGACCGGGAUUACAAGAUCAAGGAUUAUCGAAGGGAACGGAUUAGAAUCGUCAGUGAAUUGCCGUGGGAGCGCGACCGGAAGUCCUACAGGAACGAAAUCCCUAGCUACUACAAACCACCAGCUGUCAUGCGUGACGUUACAAGAGAACCUGUCUUGACGCCCCCUCCUGUUGCCCCAGUCCUUGAAGAAGAGGACGAUGGGGAAAUUAAUAUCGUUGCUGUUCUGCGACUUUUAACAGCACUUGAAGAGAAAUUAGGGUCAUUGGGACCCAAAGUCAUCGAUUUGUUAGCACAAGCACUGGCGAUGGAGAAGAACGAAGCUAAUAGUUCGGAGAAUUUGCUCGAUAAUGAGAUCAAUUGUGUGAUGUUUGAAACGGUCAAAGAAAAAUUAAAAGGCCAGCUGUUGGCCGGUUUAGUCGAACCCAUUCAGGAAAAAGCCUUUAAAAACGCAAUUAAAAAAACCGCGAGUUUGAUUCAUCUCGCCGGCGAACGCAAGAAAGAAAAAGCCAAGAAUCAACCGAAAGUUGAUCCCGUUAAAGUGCCAGGUGUUGGCACAGUCGACAAGGCUGCGAUUGCAAAACAAAUCGCCAAUGCGUUAAUUCUGCAAGGCAAGACUGACGUGACCCAAGCCGAGCUCGAACAGUUGAUAAAUGCCGUGGUUGGAAUGGCGGAAGCGUCCCGAAAUUCCAAUAAACCGAUCACCACCGCCUCUUUCCUGGAACAAAUCUCCAAAGCUGGCAGUUCCAAAGAGAAAACACCACCGAAAGAAGUUGUUAAACCCCCGGCACCGGUUGUGGCCGAACGCGUGACGAAAAGCCCCGAGAAAAUGACGAAUAAAGACAUGGAGGGUUUGUCCGAUUCCGAUUUGCAAACUCUCCUCCAAAACUUCAAAGAUUUAUCGACGGAAGAACAGCACAGUUUGAUCAACUAUUUGAAGAAGUUGGAAGCGCGUGAACCGGAUCGAGUCGAGCGGUUACGAAAGUUCGUAAAUCUGGGCCAACCGCGUGAAAAGCCCCCCGAAGAGAAGAAAAUGGGGCGCGAAAGCCCCUUUUCCAACCGCAUGGGGAGUGUGAACCCCAGUGUUGAGGAAAAUCGCUUUGAAGCGGAAGAAGAACCGAAAAAGUUCGAAGAGACGCAAGUGAAACUUCCGAUUGAUUCGGACGAAGAGGAUUACAGUUUCGAGGACGUGGUCAAAGCCGCGUCCAAGAACGUCAAAGAGAAGGAACUGGAGAAGAAGCGCGAGAUCGUGGAGGAAAGCAUGAAGUUUGAGUCGAAGAAAGAGGACCUGAAUCUGGACGAUACCAAAGCCAUAAUCUCCAACAUCAUGAGUAACAUUAACAAGAACGAGGUCGCGCAAGGUAAUCUCUUGGGGCUGGGGCUGGGUGGGGGGCAAGGUCUGUCGGUGAGUUCGGCCGAUUUGGCCAAAACCCUGAAUAGUAUUCCGGUGAAUAUGGCCAGUCUUGCCAACAUUGUUGGCAGUGUACAGAGUAUGACAAAGGCCACUAUGGCACCGUCUGUAAACCCGCCAAUGAGCGCCGCGCCUAAGAGUUUUCAGCCGGUGCAAAGUAACAGUUUUGGGGGGUUUGGGGGCCCGCAGGAGAGACCCUUUCAGGGACAGCAGCAGGGAUACCAAAAUAGACCUAACAUGCAGUUUGGGGUGAAUUACCCCCAAAACCCAUAUCAAGCGCGGCCAAAUGUUGCCUACCCGAUUGAUAAAAACAAGGUGACGUAUCCGAAUUAUGCCAUUUACGGCCAACAGAACCCGCAAGGGCCGCCCCAGAGGCCGAGUCAGCCCGGGUUUGGCAAUAACCAGUUCGGUAAUAAUGUUAACAGAAAUAACUAUAGCAGAUGGUAGACUAAGUUUUUAUCAAAUAACGUAAGGCUUUUUUAUGUUAAUUUAUGUUUAAGCGUAGUUAUUCUAUGAAUAAAUAGUUUCAUUUAAAAACUGCAGGUUUUAAUAACAGAAAGA